GAAAAAGAAAAAAAAAGGUCAAUUAAAAAUAAAAGUAUCCUAAGGGCAAAUCGAAGGCGCCCUUAAUAUUCUAUCGAGACGCAGCUGAUUUUCUUUUUUUGCUUUCCCCUCCUUUCCUCUUUGUUACAAAAGAUCGUACACAUAUAUUCCACACCUAAAGUUGAGAAAGUUUAAGGCAACAACGAAGACAACAUGGCCAAGCGUGAACUUCAAGAUAAGGGUAGCACUGAGCAUAGGGCGAAAAAGAAGUCAAGAAACGAAAAGCACACAAAGAAGGCUGAGGACUCCCAAGCCAGUGCGCAGUCCUCUGAGACGCAGUACACUGACCCGAAAGAACCUUCACCAGCAGUCAUAGAGAAGUUUCUCGAAGAAAACUCUGUCAAGAUAACGGAUACUUUAGAGGGUGCAACGAAGCUUCAUCCCAUUACCUCUUUCUCUCACCUACCUACCUGCAACAGUGCACUGUACCGUCCUCUUGAAUCUUUCACUUCUCCGACUGCCAUCCAGUCAGCAACCUGGCCUUUCCUGUUUUCUGGCCGUGAUGUAAUCGGCAUUGCUGAAACUGGGAGUGGUAAGACGCUUGGCUUCGGCUUGCCGUGCCUGAAAAACUUACAAGACUCGGCGAAGAAGGGAAAGCCUUAUAAGCCGACAGCGGUGAUGAUUUCCCCAACGAGAGAACUUGCAAUGCAGAUACAUGAUCAGAUCUCGAAAUUUGCAGAAUUAGUGGAUAUCAAGGUAGCUUGUAUCUUCGGGGGUGUGAAGAAAGAGGAGCAGCGUGAGGCCUUGAAGACAGCGGCUAUUGUCGUGGCGACGCCAGGAAGACUGAAGGAUCUUCAAACUGAUGGCUCGGUGGAUCUAGGAAAAGUCAAGUAUCUUGUUCUGGAUGAAGCAGAUCGCAUGCUGGACAAAGGUUUCGAACAGGAUAUCAAGGAUAUCAUCCGCCCCAUGCCGGUGUCAAAGCGCCAAACUGUAAUGUUCACUGCGACCUGGCCCCCAGUGGUUAGGGAUCUUGCUGCAACGUUUAUGACUUCUCCUGUGACGGUCACAAUUGGUGGAGAGCCCUCGGCUGAUCCGCGCGCAAAUACUAGGAUCAAGCAAGUUGUUGAGGUGGUGAAGCCGCACGAAAAAGAACAGAGGCUUGUGCAGCUAUUGAAUAAGUAUCAGAAGGGCCCAUCCAGCUCGGAUAAGAUUCUGGUGUUCUGCUUGUAUAAGAAGGAGGCUGUGCGUGUCGAGAGACUUCUUUGGAAUAAAGGCUUCAAGGUUGCCGGAAUACACGGUGAUUUAGGUCAACAGGAACGAUUCAAAAGUUUGGAAUCCUUCAAAAAAGGCGUCUCAACCGUUCUUGUCGCAACUGAUGUGGCAGCUCGUGGUCUCGACAUACCCUCAGUUAAGCUUGUCAUCAACGUUACGUUUCCCCUGACCGUUGAGGAUUACGUACAUCGAAUUGGCCGGACCGGCCGUGCUGGAGCUGAGGGCCAUGCCAUCACUCUAUUUACUGAGGUUGACAAAGCUCAGUCUGGAGCUUUAAUAAACGUUCUAAAAGCGGCUAAUCAGGAUGUACCCGAGGAUCUUCUCAAAUUCGGGGCAACGGUUAAAAAGAAGCAACAUGACGCAUACGGCGCCUUUUAUAAGGAUGUCGACACCAAUAAGACAUCAACCAAGAUCGUUUUUGACGAUUGAUGAUGGCUUAUUCGCUUUUGGACUUUGGUGUACUGGAUGUUUUAAAUUUCACCAGCUCGCGGGCUUUUGUGUAAUA